AUGCCGUAUACACAAAUGGGAUCUCAGUCGAGUUGGAUGAAAGAAUCACAAAUUGCACCUAUUGUUCAGGAAAGCAUCGUUGCAAAUGAGCGGAUCAGGGAAGCGAGACACGCACUCAAGCAUCAGGUACCCGACUACUAUAAAUUAGUAAAGCGCAUACCAACCUUAACCACUAUUGAGAAACCAACAAAAACCGUCAAGGUGCCUUCGACAAGAAUCGAGUUCCUCAAACGUUCAGUAGAAGAAUCUCCCAGGCCAACGACAACCCACAACAACUUAGUCCCACACUGGAGCUAUGAAAAAAACUCCCUCGCGGUAGCAUGCGUCUUCAGUGCCAUCACCGUGCUAGGUAUCAUCUUCCUCGGCGUCGUCUCCGUCCGAAAGAUCCGGAGAAGCUGGAAGCGCCACAAGCGCGAAAAGCAAGACUACGCCGCUUUCAAGCAUCGAAUCGACUUAAACAGAAGCAACGGAGAUUCGAAUGCCUGUUUGAUACCCGAACACAAGUCGAGUCGCGAAUCGAUGAUGUAUAGCCGUGAUAGCUCACCGUCGGGAGGUUACGUCGUCGAGCAAACAGGGGGAUCGGUUACCCGAGUGUUUCGCGAAGGCAGUAAUGUUUCGAGCCAGACGUUUGAUUCUAUCGGUGCUUCGCCGGAAAAAAGGAGUCCUCCACGCGAGAAUAAGCGGGCUCCAGGAGGCCGGGCGGAUUCGCGUACGCCCUCGGGGAAAGGACGUGCUGGUUCGAUUCCGAGACCGAUUGUCGUGGUGCCAUCUCCACUAAGACACGUUUCCUCGCAGAAAGCCACACCUGUGAUGCAGCCGACUGGCCCCAGCACACCUGAUUCUGAGCAGUCCCCCGUGUCCCUGGCUUCUCCGCAGGAUACCGAACUGGUGGGUAGAACUUCCAGUCGCAACUCAUUGUUUCGGUUGCCUUCUAUCAAGAAAUCUAUAUCUCCUUUGUUCAGUCUUUGA